UUAAAUUUUUUUAACCUGGCUUUUCGACUAUUUUGAACAUUUGUUGUAUGAUCUUACACUGAAAAAAUAUAUAUAUAUAGUGAGAUGUGGAUAUGUAUAAGAAAAACUUCAUUCUUUUUGGUGGUUGGUAGAGAUAAAACCUUGGGCACUUACUGCUUGUACUGUGUGUAGACAAACCUAGAAGUUCUUAUGGUUAAGAUACUCUAGUUGAGCUGAAGCGUUAUUUUUCAUUUACGGUAACUGGCAUUAGGCUCAAGAACUCAAGUUUCUUAGUAAAUGCUGGGCUUCCAGACCUGGCUUUCUUUGGCUGGCCUACUAGUUUGAAUUGCUACACAUAAUUAUUUGUCUUUUGGAUUUAAUAGUUGACCUUCGGAGAUUCAUCUGUCUUCAGUUAAAAAGAGAAAAAGACUUUUGUGUCACAUCAAAGAAUUGCAGAAUAAAAGUUGAAUGAAAUUAAGUUGAAGUACCUACAGACUAGAUAUCUACAACUAGAAGUGUGCUUAUAAUCCUUAGGAUAAGGGAUAUGAUUUCUGAAACUGAAGAUGUUUCAUUUAACUGAUCAAUCCAAGAAAAAAUAAAUAUUAAAGUUAAGUAAGUUAUAAAUCUAAAAUAAUCAAAAUUGGGUGACUUUUUAUUUUAGAAUCAUCUUAAACUCCAUUCAAGGAAGUUUAGGUACCAAAGAAAAAAAAUAGCUGUAAAAAGGAUUUAUCAAAAAGAAAUAAAUAAAUUGAAUCCAAAAGCCAAAUAUCUGCAUACAUUGGAUUAUGGUAUUGGUGAGAAUUUAUACCACCCAGAAUGGCUGUAAACUUCUCUACCUGGUUUUUGUUUGCUCUAUUCAUAAAUAAUACAAUUCUGUGAAUUCAAAAAGCCCUCUCACCCUGUAGUCAAGCUAGAGCAAAAAGCUUGUUACUAUCAGACUAUCUUGGUAAGCAUAUUGCUUAGCUUGAUAGGUUUUGUUUGUCUAAAAUUUUCAUUGUUUCUGCAUAAUUCGUACUUCAUAAGCGUAUCAAGUUUUAUGUGCCUUGCAUAUUUCAUGGUAUCCGAAAAGAAUUCUGACAGUGUGUGUGUGUGUAUGCAUUUCACAAUGCAUACAAAUUUUAUGUGCAUCAAUACGUGUUUUUUUCUGGCCUAAAUGUGUUGUUUCAUCAGUGUAAUGGGUGGCAAGGUUAUCAAAUGAUAAAAGAACAUUUUAAAUUAAACAAGGAACAGAAUCAAUUUUGGACCAUUCAUGUUAAUGCAGAAAAUUACUCAUGAGCAAGUAAACAAGAACGAUUGCAUUUUAAUUGCUCUAUACAGUCAGCUCUUGAUUAUCUAUGUUAAUGGAAUAGAAAUAGAAAUGGUGGUAACUGUAAUAUUAGAAUCAUUUAUAUUUUGGUUUGUGUAAGCAUUUUGUUCUUAACUUGAACCUAUCUGUGAGGAUUCUCUUAAUAAAAUGAGAUCCUUUAAUGGAGACUUACUAGGAAAAGGCAAGGGUGCUCUCUGUCUUGGAACCUGGAUAAAUUACCUAUUUCUCCCCAUUCCUCCUUGGGUGUCUUGGGACCACAACAUUAAAGUGGGCAUUAGCUUCAGGGUAGAUUUGGAUAAAAGGGUUGUUGGGCGUGGAAAAUUUGGUGUUUGGAUUCUUUGUAGUUGUUUUCUUUGUAUUAUUGUUCUCUCAAUAUCAAAUUAAAUUAUAAUUAAACUGCUGUUCAGACUCAACCUAACGGCCUAGAAAAUAUGAAGGCUUUUAGCCUGUGUUCAUUCCAGCCCCUUCAACCUUUAGUGACCUCUGUCUUAGGUCAUUGAAUCAUCCUCAAGAAAAUUAGUUAUACCUAACUUUUACACCACCUUUUUUAAAUAUCUAAUUUAAGCCAUGUUAGGGCUCAGUAAAUCUGAUUUUGUCCAUUAUUAAAGUGUUUUAAGUUGACCCAACUAUGUAUUACUUUGGCCGAAUUUGGGGGGUGUCUUAUUUGGCUUUAUUGCCUGCAAAUCGCCUUAAGUCAGUGAUUCGAAAGAAUGAUUCUGUGAAUCCCUAUUGAGUAGUUCCCUGUAGGCUCCUGUACACUUGAAUAGUUUUCAGACAAUAACUAUAUAGCAUGUUGAAACCUUUUGGAGUGCUCGUGAUAGCUAUGAGUUGGAAAUCACUCCUAGUCAGGUCUUCAUUCAGGUGAUUAAUUUCUCUUAAGUACAGUGUGGAAAACAGGUUGCGAUAAAAUGUUAAAAACAACUUAUUUCUGUACUUCAGUGGAAAUUCUAUCCCAGGAGAAAACCCUUAAAUAAGAUUCUGCCAGAGAAACAGCCGAGAAUUGGAAAGAAACAACAACAAACUCUUGAGUAGCCAAAAUAAAUUUCACAAGAUCAUGGACUUUUUGUGUAGGAGAUCCCAGGACCUUACUCUUAUGUAAGCACGUUUUAACAAGCAUAGUUACUUGUUUUCCCCCAGUGCAUUGCCAGUUAGAAGCAGAAAACUGGAAAGAGGGAGAGUUGCUGCUAGAGAUGGAUUUCAUGGUAACAGCAAGGAAAGAAAAGCUUUAAAAAAAGCAUAACCACUGGGCAUUGAGACAUUAUAGAACAAUGUCUGUCUGAGAUGGUGAAUGACAGGGUGUUUAAUGAUGCAAAUCUUCAGUAUCCUCAAAAUCAGCUAGAAUUUAACUUCGUUAAUGUUUUCAAUUUUGUUUCGUUUGCAUUUGUAAAUUGGUCAAUGUAAUAAAAAUAGGGACUCAGUAUGUGAGCGAUUUGGGUACCUUUGGGAGAAAGGAAGCUAAAUAGGCAAACCCAUUAAUGUUAUAAAUGCAGUUCUUUGAAAAAUAUCCACAAGCAAAUAUUACUAUAAUUUAUCUUUUAAGUGUUUUAAUUCAACAUAUUUAAGCAUAGACAUUUUAGAACUCUUUACCUCUUUUUUUAAAAAAAUUGUUAACAAUGACCUACCAAAUUCAAUUAUUGGCACAAUUUCAAUUUUAUUUGUAACCUACUUCAUGAAAUUCUGAGGAUUUGUGUUAGCUAUGAGUUGGAAAUGCUUUCUAAUAACGUCAUGCGUGAAUACUCAGACUUCUAAUGUCUUGCUCUGAUUUUAUGAUAUAAGAUUAGCUUUGUAGGAAUUCCUCCCUACUCCCUUCCCUCCUUGAAAGAACUCCUACAGACCCUGAGACAGAUCUUCCCUUACUCUUCAUACCACCACUGUUGACAGUUUCCAUCCCCAAGGCUCACCUCCUUCCUUCCAUUGUCCACUGUGGCUAAAAGCAAGGUCUGUCUGCAUGGGCACCAGCAUGAGAUGUGGUAAGAAUAUAUAUGAAGAGUGAGAAGAGAAGAAAUACUGCUUCAAAGGCAUCCUCUGGUAUUACGAUUCCAAAACCCCCAAAGCCUCCAGAUAAGCCGCUGAUGCCCUACAUGAGGUACAGCAGAAAGGUCUGGGACCAAGUAAAGGCUUCCAACCCUGACCUAAAGUUGUGGGAGAUUGGCAAGAUUAUUGGUGGCAUGUGGCGAGAUCUCACUGAUGAAGAAAAACAAGAAUAUUUAAACGAAUACGAAGCAGAAAAGAUAGAGUACAAUGAGUCUAUGAAGGCCUACCAUAACUCCCCCGCGUACCUCGCUUACAUCAAUGCAAAAAGCCGCGCCGAAGCCGCUCUAGAGGAAGAAAGUCGACAGAGGCAGUCUCGCAUGGAGAAAGGGGAGCCUUACAUGAGCAUCCAGCCUGCGGAAGAUCCGGACGAACAUCUCAUUCCAGAUUAUGAUGAUGGCUUUUCAAUGAAGCAUACAGCCACCGCCCGUUUCCAGAGGAACCACCGCCUCAUCAGUGAAAUCCUUAGUGAAAGUGUGGUGCCAGACGUUCGGUCAGUUGUCACAACAGCUAGAAUGCAGGUCCUCAAACGACAGGUCCAGUCCUUAAUGGUUCAUCAGCGAAAACUAGAAGCUGAACUUCUUCAAAUAGAGGAGCGACACCAGGAAAAGAAGAGGAAAUUCCUGGAAAGCACAGAUUCAUUUAACAAUGAACUUAAAAGGUUGUGUGGUUUAAAAAUAGAAGUGGAUAUGGAAAAAAUUGCAGCUGAAAUUGCCCAGGCAGAGGAACAGGCUCGCAAAAGGCAGGAGGAAAGGGAGAAGGAGGCAGCAGAGCAAGCUGAACGCAGUCAGAGCAGCAUUGUUCCUGAGGAAGAACAAGCCGCUAAUAAGACCGAAGAAAAGAAAGAAGCAGAGAACAUUCCAAUGGAGACAGAACUAACAGUGACGAAUGUGUGCUUGCAGAGGAGACACGCCUUGAAGAAACAACAGACAGUCAGCAGAAUGGUGACGAAGGCACACCUACUCCUGAGGACAAGGAGAGUGGACAGGAGGGGGUGGACAGUAUGGCCGAGGAAGGGACCAGUGACAGUAACACUGGCUCAGAGAGCAACAGCGCCACAGUGGAGGAGCCACCAACAGAUCCCAUACCAGAAGAUGAGAAAAAAGAAUAAAUGUUGCCUUGUUUUAUGUAUUCUAAAUCCUUUUUUAAAUGAAAAAAAAAAUGUUUUUGAGUUUUAAUGGUGUUAUGUGGUUUGUGUACUAAUAUUUUUCUUGUCCAUAUCACGCCACCCAAAGCUUUUGGACCAUAUAACAUCAUGAGCCAAAUGGCAUAGUCACCUUUCUUAAGUGGUGGUGAUGACGGUUUUCUUCCUUAGAUCUUGUUUCUACCCUUCACUGCUGAAAGCCUCGGAAUUUAGAUUAAUUGAGAAAAUGCCCAUUUUUGGAGAAUUUUCCUUUGAUGCUGCAGAAUCUACUCUUACAAAUGCCUUCCUACAGCUCACUGGGGUGCUUACCAAAGCCAUAGCUUUAAAUCUUCUCAGUCCCCUUCAACAGUUUCCUGAAAGUUCCCUUUCCUGUGUACUUCCACAAAGGUAGCUUCUUGAAAACGUAAUCAUGUAUGAGUAUAUGUUUGUUCACUUGCCCUUUUCAUUUGUAAUCAAUGUCAGAUAACCAAGAGUUGUGUUAAAGUGUUGAGUGUACCUGCAACUAUGCUUGGAUCGUAUUGAUCGAGAAAUAGUCUCCAUAGAGUAGUCACCAGCUUAUGAAAUAGUCAUUAAAGCAAACAUGGCACAUGUAUACUGUCCUGCUUUUUGUUAUAAUUAAUAUUGGGUACGCUUUGGUCAAUUCAUCCUUAUUGUACAAAAAAAAAAAAAAAAAAUACUUUUUUAUCAAGUUUUCCAAAGACAGAGUAGAUCACAAAGCUUAAGGAAUUGAAUAUUCUUGCAA